ACAAGCAAAAUGAGUAGAAACUACGAACACGCGGUGCACGGCAAAAGGAGAGUGUCCCUGGUGAAUGACUCGAAUGCCAAUCAUCAGCAAGAUUCCAGGCUGGCUCUGGAACUCCAGAAGAUAGAGAGGGAGAAAGAGAGACUGAGCCGGAGAAGCAGUUUGACUAUCCAGAACAAGGUCCAUAAACGCCGGACUAGUCUGGCAGAGAGUAGGAUGAUGAGAACGCUUUCCAAACAUGACCUCUACUUACCAAUGGAAAAAGGUACUGGUAGACGCUCCUCCGUUGAUAGCGUAUCCACUGACAGCUACAGUAGUCUCGGUUCAGAUAACAUGAACAGAACUAUGCCGUACAGCGAACUGAUAGAUAAGGAUAGGUUUGAGAAGUUUUGUGUUGAUACCAAAAAACUGAGCAUGUCUGCUGUUGACGUACAUAACCUCAAGGAACAGAUGAACAUAGGCGAGCAUGAUCUUACAGGUUUUAUGGGAGACAUGAACAUUUAUCUGAGAAAGAACAACACAAUAUUGAGGACCAGGGAACAAGCCAAGAAAGAAUUUACAGAGCAAGUGGAAGAUGUAGAAGAAAUAGAAGGAAACAUCGAGUGGGACAGCUUCAUACAUCCCCGAACGCUUGAGCAGAUAAAAGCUUGAAUACAGCACUAUCCACGUACAGUCGAAGGACUCAUCAGUUAAAAAGACAGCACGUUCUUGUCUUGAUACGAAAAUUAAGAUUGACAAUUUCAAUAGCCGGCCAGAUUGGUCAAUUCCGACCGAUUGAUAAUUAUCAGCAACCAGAAAAUGAUCAGUCGUUGCAGGCCAAUGGACAUGACAUUUUGCAGUCAAAUGGCAGCUUGAUUUUAGACUUUUAUCCAAUCAUCAUUUACAAUAAUAUGAAUAAUCCAUGAUUUUAUUGUUGAUUGAAAUACAGAUUGAAUGUUGAUUUAAAGACCUGAAGAGCCUAUUUCGGUUAAUUUAUUGACUUGAAUAUACAUUUCAUUUGUUAUUUAAGGUUAUAAUACAUUU